UUUUCGUGGAAGUUAUUAUCACCCUCGUACAUUGUAUUGUUUUUCACCCCCUUUGCGCCAACAUAGUAAUAGGAAUAAACUUCACCGCAGUUAAAUAAAAUGGAAAAUAUAUCUACUGAUACUUAUCGCAGACUGUUAGAUAUCUAUAUUACAACAUUGAGACUUACUGGUAUUUGGCCACUAUUACCCUCAGCUAAGCUAGGCUGGAAAAUAUUUAAUUUUGCCUUCAGAUUUUUCAAUUUAAUGGUAUGUAUUUUCUACCUCAUAACUUUGGUCGCUGACGCGUUGGAUAAUGUGACAGAUUUAACUAUUCUUGGCUACGAUGGAUGUUUUUUUUUUGCUACAACAAUGAUUAUGUUCAAAGCAUACAAAUUUAGUCUUUCUUAUGACAAAAUAUUAAGACUCAUUGAUCAUGUCUACGAUCCAAUCCAUGUACUUUCAAGAACAUCUGAUCCUGGAAUAAUAAUCAGUAUAAAAAAUUGUAUAUUUCAAGAAAGUUUGGAAGUAUUAUUUUUCUGUGUGUCCUGUUUUUUGUUUGCAAUAACGGUUCUAUUUUUGGUUCCACAAGAAAAAGGCGCAGUACCAAUACGAUCUAUUUAUCCAUUUGACAGCGACAAAUCUCCCAAUCAUGAAAUAAUUGUGUUGCAUCAGUCUUAUGUAUUUGUAUGCUUGCUUACUGCUAUAAUCGCAAUGGACGCGAUGACUUUAGGAUUCAUUAGAUGGUCAACGAUACAAAUUCAAGUAUUAACAUCGAAUUACAAAAAUUGUAAUGUUUAUUCAAUUAGACGUGCAACGCUAGUUUCUCCAAUACCAACUGACAAGUUAGUGAAGAUAGAAAAUAAAUUAAAUAAUAUUGAAACAUUUGAUGAAGAUAUAGAAAUAUGUGAAUUCUUGCCAUUUUAUUACAACGAAAUAGAAAAUAUUGUUGAAGAUUCAUUUUUCUCGCGAUUCAAAACGUGCAUUAAAAACCAUCAGAGAAUUAUUGAAAUGAUUAAUCAACUUAAUCAAAUGUUUAGUUCAUCAUUGUUGGUCCAAUUUGCAACAAGUACUACUAUUAUUUGCCUCAGUGGAUUCCAAUUGAUUAUGAAUUCAAAUGACUCAUCGAUGUUUGUCAAGUUUUUGUCAUAUUGGAUAACAUGUUUCGCCCAGUUACUUUUCUGGUGUUACUACGGCAAUCGGUUCACUUCUUUGGCAAACACUUUGACGUACAACCAGUGGAUGUCCGGAUGGGAGUAUGUGUACAAAAAAAAUAAAAAUAAUGGAUUGGGAAAUCUUGUUACUAUUUCAAUGAUACCUUCACUACGACCAUUAGAAUUUAAAGCUGUGGGUCUUUUUGUUUUAUCAAUGCCAACGUUUCUUAGUAUCGUUAAGAGCUCAUAUUCAAUUUUAGUACUUUUAACAUCAGUUACUACAGACAGACAAAUUGAUUAAGUAUACAUCUAUACACCUCAAUUCAAAUAGAUGAUGACUUCAAAUAAAAAAAAAAUUAUCCCAUUGUAAUCUUCUAAUAAUAUAUACAUGAGAAGUGUAUGAAGCCACAAUAACUUGACAUCUCAUUGAUUGAAUAUAGUAUAAAUAUAUAAAAAUUCACACCUUAAUGCACAUUGACAUAAAUGUAUAAGAAAAAAUAUAUAUGAAAGAUAAUUCUACUAAUAAAGAAUAAAU